AUGUCGGUAAAACCAAUUGACACAUAUAUUCAAGAUUCAGUACGAUUAUUCCAAGUAUCGCCUUCCACUUCCACUAUCACCAUCACUUAUAAGACUAAAAAAGACAAACUAAAUAAAAAAGAAAAAGAAACUGAUGAACAAAUAAAAUCUACGAAGACUCAACCAGUCAAUUCAGUAUCUUUCGUUACUACAAACAACCAAACUUCUACUCAUUACUCUUUUGAAACUAGAAAAACAAAAGAUGUAUCCAGACUAUUAUCUGCUUUAGGCCCAAGAGGUGUAACAAUAAAUUUGACCAAAUUGGAAAAAAAAAUAAAGUUUUGA